AGGUAACCUAAAUCCAUGUUCUUAAUCACUGUGCUAAACUGCCUCUUAUGAAGACCAUGUCAUGGUACUGUUGGGCAUACUAGAAAAGAAGGUAAAGAUGUACUUGGUAAGAUGAUAGCCUUUGAUCACAGUUGACUGUGAGGGCAUAGAAAAUGGGUCUAUACUAAUGCUUGCCACAUUUCUGGAUCCUUGUUCUUUCCAUACUUUUGCUCCCUGGACUUAAAUUAUCAAAAUAACUCUAGAUUCUCUUCCACUGACCAAGGCUAGAUGAAGAUAGGCACUAAAAUUUACUGUGAUUUUUGAGAAAAGUUUUAUGAGCUCUGACCUCGGCUUAGGUCAGAGUUGAGGAAUCCCAGACAGUCAUAUCCAUCGUGGAGAGCUAAGGCAGAUUUUGGAUAAACAGAUCAGCUUUAGCACCCCACGUUUAUUUCAGUGUUCCCACACUUGAGAUGCUUUGGUCUGGAUUCUCUGUCUUUUAAUGGCAAGUCUGGAUUUACGUGUAGGAGCAGAAGGAGCUGAAAAGGAACCCUAAGAGCACGUCUGGCACGGAAUUGGAUUGACCAUUCAUCAAGAAUCUUGUAUCCAAGGCCCAAAAGUUUGUUACCGAAGAUGAUGAAUGCUGACAUGGAUGCAGUUGAUGCUGAAAGUCAGGUGGAACUGGAGGAGAAAACACGACUUAUUAAUCAAGUGUUGGAACUCCAACACACCCUUGAAGAUCUCUCUGCAAGAGUAGAUGCAGUUAAGGAAGAAAAUCUGAAGCUAAAAUCAGAAAACCAAGUUCUUGGACAAUAUAUAGAAAACCUCAUGUCAGCUUCUAGUGUUUUUCAAACAACUGACACAAAAAGCAAAAGAAAAUAAGGGAUUGAUAUCCCUUAUGUCUUAUGGAAUUGCUGCUGAUCUUGUUUUCUUUAAAACUUGGAUAGAUUCCAAAAGUUAUAGUACUUUUGUUUGUGGCUUCACUGAGUAUUUAUGAAGAUAAUGCCAGAUCUAAGCAAAAUUAAGAGCAUAACAGAAGACUUCCAUGAGUUUGUGUAUUACGUUAGUCUAUGAAAAUGUGCAAAGGUAUUGUAGAAACUUUAUAAUUAGAAAUGCAUAUAUUUAUGAAACUUGAAAAUGAAUGUUAUAUCAAAUUUGCUUUGAUUUAUAGGUUUAGCAUUGUCUUUUACUAUAGGCAUAGUUAGAGAUACGAGAAAAUAACCACCGUGUUGUGAAAAAGUGACCAAAAUCACGUACUGAAUGCACAGCUUUAUAUACCCUGUCCACCGUCGUGUGCCUCUUCUCCAUUUGCUUUCUUCCCAUUUUCCUUCCCCUAAGGAAAAAAUUGGUUUCACAUUUGUAAAAAGUAAUUUCAGUAGUUAAUCAUCUAAGAGAUUAGCCCGAACUCUGUUGAAACUUAACCAAAAUAAGAUACUUUCUCAGUUUAGGGCUUAUUUGUUAUAUUUAGUAAUAAGAUGGGAUAGUUGGUUUCUGUUUAAUCAAUUGAAAACGGAGGCUAUAAAGAUGAUUUUUCUUUGAAACUGAAUUAUCGUAUUGGGAAGAUUUGUUGUUAAAAAAUUCCUUUGCACAAAAUAAUCCACUUGAUAACCUGAAAAGAUGAGCUCUGGUUGUGUGUGUCUGAAAUAGAAAAUUUUGAGGAAAAAUAGAAAUAGGGUAGGAGUAGUAUUCAAUACUUGGUAAGUAAUUGUAACCAACUCCAAAUGUUUUUACUCCAGAUUUGUGUUAUCUCUGGCACAGAUUAGAUUUGGCGGGGGUGUGAGGGGGGGAAUAUAUAAGAAAAUGGAUUAAGUUUGGCUAACCUUAUGUAAACCACACCUAGAAGGAAUAAAAUUUGGUCUCAGGUUUAUUUGCCAUACCCAGAUGAUCAACUUUGCAAAGUCCCUUAAAAAGUGUAUUAGUAUCAUAAUCAUGAAUAAAAUGGGAGAGUUUUACAUGUAUACUAAUUGAUGUUUUCUCAGUAUUUUAUCUCACUACUUCUCUCAGAAUUUUCUGUAAACCCAACUACUGGUUUGCAGAGUUUUAGUCAUUUAACAGUUUUUAAAAAUUUAGUUUGUACAUUCCAUUUGGUAAAGAAAUCAGUAUCAGAAGUAAUGUUAAAAUAUUAAAUAGGAAAAGAGAUCCACUAUUAUAGUUUAUGGUUAUUAAAUUUAGGCUAUCAUGGAAUAAUCUUAAUGUUUGUAUUGGUGUUAAGAUUUGAUGACUUUAGCUGUAUGAAUAUAUAAUAGUCAUACUGCAAACAUUUUGCAUCCCUUUGUGACCUAAUUUUUAAACAUUUAAAACUGUUGCCAUUAUGCU